AUGGCAACCACCGAAAAAGAUCACCGGUCGAAGCCCAGUAGUUUGCGAUCGAUUAUCGCAGGCUCAACCGCCGGUGCCGUUGAGAUCGCAAUCACUUAUCCAGCCGAAUUUGCAAAGACCCGUACGCAACUCAACCGCAGACUCCCCGACGCAAAGAAACUACCAUGGCCACCGUUUGGCUCACAAUGGUAUGCUGGGUGCACAACCCUGAUCAUUGGAAAUUCACUUAAGGCAGGAAUUCGGUUCGUUGCUUUCGACUGGCUGAAGUCACUUCUGCAAGACGAGAACGGCAAGAUCUCAGGGCCCCGAACAGUUGUCGCGGGCUUCGGUGCAGGAUUCACUGAGUCAUUGUUGGCAGUCACACCGUUUGAGAGUAUCAAAACACAACUAAUUGACGAUCGGAAGUUGCAGAAGCCCCGGAUGCGUGGAUUUCUGCAUGGGAGCAAGAUCAUUUACCAAGAAAGGGGCAUUCGAGGUUUCUUCCAAGGAUUCGUUCCUACAACCGCACGCCAGGCUGCCAACUCGGCGACACGAUUCUCGAGUUAUACAAUGCUGAAACAGAUGGCCCAAGGCUGGGUCGCUCCUGGAGAGAAGUUGGGGACUGUGAGCACCUUUGCCAUCGGUGGAAUAGCCGGCCUUAUCACUGUUUAUGUUACGCAACCCCUUGAUACUGUGAAAACCAGGAUGCAAUCCCUAGAAGCCAGUAAGAAUUAUAGGAAUAGUUUCGUCUGCGCGGCACGCAUCUUCAAGGACGAGGGCAUUCUAACCUUCUGGUCGGGAGCCGUUCCACGACUAGCGAGGCUCAUUAUGAGUGGCGGCAUAGUAUUCACCAUGUACGAGAAGACGAUGGAGGCAUUGGACACAUUUGAUCCAGAGAGGCGUUAUAUCUAA